UUUCAGACCACAAAAUGUCAGCGAAAAUUAUGUGGAAAAAGUGCUACGACUCAAUAAAAACAGUGGCAAAAACAGUUCCGAGCGCAGAAGAUUCGAUGAAAGGCGUGAAAAAUGCGGCUUCCAAAAUGCGCGCCGGUGUCGAUGAAAUUGUGGAAAAACGAAAAUUAUACGCGGAAUCUGAGACUGCAAAACUCAAAAAAUCACUGAAAGAUCUAUCGAAGGAAAAUUCCGAUUUAAAAAUGCAAAACCUGAAUCUUUCCGCCGAAAAUUCAGAUUUAAAAUCCAGAGGAUGGCUGAGCAUAUUUAAAUCGCCAAAAACCGAGCCAGAAUCCCGAAAAUCGUCGAAAAAAUGGGCUCUGGCGAAGAAGAUGCCACAAAUUUUCACAAUUUUUGCAACCGCCACCUACCUUGCCAAAACCGUCAGAAAAGUCGUCUUCAUCACUCCUUUCAUCGCCAUCGCCGCAAUCUACACGAAAUUCAAGAAAUUUUUCUAGAUAAUUUAUAUAAUCUAUAAUGAACGUGUCAAAAAUUUGUAAUAAAUUACGAGUAACUCCUUUUUUUGCAUUAAAAAUGCAACAGAAAUUGGUUUAAUAAAUAAUUUCAUUUUUC